AUGUCCCGGGCUCGGGCGGGGUUUGAGAACCCGGAGGGCCGCCGCCGACUCAGCCUCCCAUACUCAAAGACCACUUCCACCCUCACCACCCUCGAGCUCGAAGCCAACACGACUUUAGCACCUCUUGGCCGUGGGGUCCUUCGCCUUGGCUACCAUCUGUUUUCUUCCCCAUUGGCCAAUGGGGACUACAUCCCUCCAGCGUCAGUCAUGAUCGUGAGCUUGGCGUUGAGCUCGCCCGCUUUGCUUGGCAAUCACCCGACGGCUCGACUAACACAACCUCGCAGAUGCCAAGAUGGUCGAUAUUGUUCGCGAAGGGCAGUCAUGACCGAGAAUGAGCUUGAGAGGUAA